CACCAGAAACGUCUUCACUUACUGACUCAGAAUGGGACCUUCCUCACACAGUGACUAGAUUGGAGAGUCCUAGUGGCGGUCAGGUGUAUUUGGUCGGCACAGCACAUUUCAGCAAAGAGAGUCAGGAGGAUGUUUCUAAGGUCAUUCAAUUGGUUCAGCCGCACAUAGUGACUGUGGAAUUAUGCAAGUCGAGGAUAAAUAUUCUGCAGCUGGACGAGCAGACUAUAUUGGAGGAAGCGUCGAACAUCGACUUGGCCAAAAUCCGAGCCACAGUCCAACAGAACGGGGCCUUCAAUGGCAUGAUGUACCUAUUGCUACUCUCGAUGAGCGCCCAUUUGACGAAGGAGCUGGGCAUGGCUCCCGGAGGAGAGUUUCGAAGAGCCUUUCAGGAGGCGAAAAAAGUGCCUCAUUGCCAGGUGCACCUCGGAGACAGACCCAUAAAUGUCACUCUGCAGAGAGCCCUGUCAUCUCUUUCGUGGUGGCAAACCUUCAAACUGACCUGGCAUAUCUUGACCUCGCGGGAUCAUAUCAGCAAAGAGGAAGUGGAAAAAUGCAAGCAGAAAGAUCUGCUCGAAGAAAUGUUGGAAGAAAUGACAGGCGAGUUCCCAGCCCUGAGCAAGGUUUUUGUCCACGAAAGAGACCUCUUUUUAGCACACUCACUGGCUCUGGCAGCUCAGCCAAUUGGAGCAGUUCCUGCUCGAGUUGUCGGCGUUGUGGGAAUUGGACAUGUCCAGGGCAUUAUUGCAAACUGGGGAAAAGUCGACGAACACACCAUUCAGGAAAUCAUGUCACUUCCACCUCCGUCAACGACCAGCAAGGUGAUCAGAUUCACUCUGAAAGCUUCGGCUUUCGGUCUGGUUGUGUGGGGAGCUUACAAGCUUCUACCAGUGCCCAGGAUCACAACAUUCUUGAAGUAAACAUCAGUGAAAUACAUGACGAAUACUUCCACCCCAACGUCUGGCUGGUUUACACACCACAAAAUGUGCCGGGGCCCGGUUGCCCUAUUAACUUUGAUGAGGUCUUCGAGAAAGGUUGUUUCUGCCAGGACUCAUGCUCCUCCGCAAACGUCAAAUGCUUGUGUUUGUCUAGGCAUGGACUCAACUAUACCCGAGACGGACUUAUUAUUAACUAUGAGAAUCCUAUCUUUGAGUGUCAUGUAAAUUGUAAGUGUGAGAAGAAUGAGUGCAGUAAUCGUGUGGUGCAACGUGGUCCGAUGUUGGGCCUUGAAGUGUACGAGACUGGCACAAAAGGGCUUGGUUUGCGAACCAGUCACCGUGCUCGAAAAGGUCAAUUCAUAUGUGAAUAUGCUGGAGAGGUCUUGGGCCUCCAAGAGGCGAUUCGAAGAGCGCAAGUCCAAGGCCCCCAGAACAACUAUAUCCUCUUCUUCAGGGAGCACUCUGGGACGAGCAGCACAACCACGAUUAUUGACCCAACCUUUGUGGGCAACAUUGGCAGGUACGCCAAUCACAGCUGUGACCCCUCAGCCUUAAUGGUACCUGUCAGAUCUUCUACCUUGGUUCCACACCUUGCCCUGUUUGCUGCUCGAGACUUGGAAGUGGGCGAGGAAAUAACGUUCGACUACGCCGCUGGUGAAACGAAGCCUUCCUUGUCCAUAACACCCUGCCGAUGUGCUUCUGGUAAGUGCAGAAGCUUCCUUCCCUGGGAUCCAAGCUUGUAGUGUGUCCCCUGGUGCUGGUUUUAUUUUCUCUAAACUUCCCAUGUUAAUUAUGCAGUUUGAUGUUUCACGUCCAUAAGAAAGUAUUUAACUCUACAAAGAAAAACACAUGUUAUUUUGUGCACUCACGCUUCAUAUUUUUAAGAUGAAUAAAACAAAUUUGGCGUUGACUGUCAAAAGCUAA